AUGAACCUUGAUUCAUCUUCCAUAAUACUUAUAUCUAUAAAUUUCAUCCAGGUAGUUUUCAUAUUAUUUUUACUAACUCCCUUUUUCGACAUAGUGACUCUCUCGAAAAACAUAAAAAUCUUCCAAAACAGUAAUAUAUUUACGAUCUCCUUAGCUACCCUAUACGCUAUCACUAUAAUUACUUUUGGAAUUCUUACUCCUACUAAAACAUUAACCAAAUUGAAUGUUGCUUGGAAACGGGAAAACUCAGCUGAUAAUAAAUUAAGAAAUAUUAUAACUGCAACAAAUGCAUCAAGAAAUUACAUUUUAGGGGCGUUUUCGUUGUUUUUCCUUCUCGUUACAUUAAGAAUCUUUGAUUUUCUUGAUUUCUCCGCAAAAUUAGUUGAGUUUUCUAAUUUAAUGGCAAACUAUGAACUUCUUGAUAUAGCAUUUGUUGAUGAUAAUAGUAUUGGAUUGGAGAAUGUGGUAAAGGCUAAAGAAACUAUUGAAGAUUAUGAUGUGGUCCGCUGGCCAUCAGUGAUUGAGUUGAAAGAAGAAAAUACUAUAGAACAUUUCUUUAAAGUGAAUCCCAAUAAGGGUAUUUCGGACUUAGACCAUCGAAAGGAAACCAAAAUUAUUAAGGUUGGCGAAGAAAAUAUAGUUGAUACGUCAACUAUAAGUAAAGAUACAUUACUCACCCUUGUGUCUGAGAACCCAAAAACUGAUAUAUGA